CUUCUUCGUCUUGUAGUGCUGCUGCUGGUCUCCCAUGGUUACCGGCGCUCUGAGGAGUACACACAGGUGAGGAACAUGGCGGCUCCUACUGCUGUGAUGGAGGGAAAGCACUGAUGUGUACGGAGUAAUAGACCUGUAGUAAAUGUUUAUACCUUCACUAUACAAUGGCUUCAGGACGUGGUUGGAUUCUCCAGCAGCACAUCAGGUUGCAGAAACCUGGACCAGCAGCACAGACCCAGACUCCCUCACUACCUUCUCAAACUCCUACUUUGAAAGUACAACAUAGAGGUGUUAAAAUUUCAAACGCAGCUUCAGAUAAAAAAAGUACUUCGGUAAGAAAAGCUAUCAGGCCCACACCUCUACCCAAGAAGACCUGCUUGAGCCAAGCUACGUACAUAGAAAGUGCACCAUGUGAGAUCCUUCUGAAAAUAUUUUCCUAUUUAGACCCAAUAUCUCUGAUGUCAGUUGGUAGUGUCAACAAGAGAUUCUAUGAGCUAUCCAAAGACAAUGUAUUAUGGUAUAAAAUUUAUAUUUCACGUUGGAAAGUUAAUCAUCGCUGGAAAUAUGACUCUGUGAACUCGCUGGAGAAGAGAUUAAGUGACACUGCAAUUUCAGAUCCAGAUCCUGCCUAUUGGAAGAAGUCCUAUAUAAGGGAAUUGAUAAGGACCAGAGAAAAGAAAUUGGCUCAGAUUUUGAAAUCUGUAAAGAGUAGCAGUGGCAUGCCAGCUUAUAUGGAAAGGGCAGUUAAGGUGUCUGGCCUGGUUUGGAACCUUACUUUUCUGGAUACCAAUGGGGUGGAAACAGUGAUUGGACAGACUGAUACAUAUUUCAGAGAUAGUUCACUUACUGUGACCUGGAAAAGUUAUAUUUGGCCUGAAUUUCAUACCCUGACCAAGAUUCAGCUACAUGGAGUCACACCCGUGCUGACAGAUAAAUGUUUAAAGCCGAUUAAAAAUGGGCUCCAAAGGCUCUCGCUCAUUGCGGAAUAUGACUUGAAAGACAAACAGGUUCCUGGUAGAUACAUUGGUCAGGAUAUACACGUUAAAAUUAUCCAUCUUCACCCUGGUCUAAUUGUUGGAUUGUGGAAGAAAGGUUCUGAAAUAGCAUUUGUGAUGGGAACACUACAUUAUCAUCAAUUGCUGGAGAAGAGUUUCUUGGGAUCUGCAGGCAGCCCUUACACAUUUCCAGUACAUGUUCCCAUACUGGAUGAUAUUGACCCUGAGUAUGGGCUUCAUGGAUACCAGCUUCAUAUUGACAUGUACAGUGAAUGUAGAACAUACCUAUGUAAAACGUUCCGUGGGAUGUUUUGCCGGAAAGAUAAAAUCUCUGUGCAAAGGAUAAAGAGACUACGAGAAUAUAUAAAGAAUGGCUACUUACGAAUGACAGCUAUCGGAUUUAUGCAAAACAGAAUGCACACAGCUGUUGCGGGUACAGUUGGAUUUUUCUGGGAGACUCUGACAAUAAGUGGAAGUAUAAAGAACUGCUUCUUGAUGGAUGUAACCGUUUCAGAUGAAUCACAAACUCCAUAUUGGUGUUUUAGUGCCCCAGUUAAGCUACAUGAAAUUGAAUCCUCAGAAACUCUUUUCGACUAUAUGGGGCAGAGCUUUGAGCUAAACUAUACAGAUGACAUGGGAAAGGUUCAUGCUGAACUUAUGUGGAUGAAAGAAGCUGAGGAAUUUUAUGUAAUAAAUCUGGUUGUGUAUUUAAAUACAGAGAAAGUCAACAGUUAUUUUGGUACAAAUUACACAGAUUCCGUUUAGGACAUGCAGUGUUCCUUGAAGAAUUUACUCAGGAGACUUUGACUUAAAUAUUUAGAGUAGGAAUUCUACUGACCAUGCUGCAGUUUUAUCUAAAGUAAACUACAUAUAUAUUUAACUGCUGUAUUAGGUUGAUGAUAUAAUUGUAGUUUUAUUUAUUUUUAGUUUUUUUCAACUGUUAUUGGUCAAAAUCCCUGUUGUAACUUGUAGUAAACUAAAGAACAUUUCAAUUUUAACUUAUUUCAGUUAAGUUAAAAUUUGUUUUUGUUUUCCUGUUCUGUCCUUUUUUGAAACUUUAUUUGGCUAAUAAAAAAUAA